GGCAGCCUGGCCCUAACUGUCACUCUGACAGCCAACGAUAGUUUCAAUCGGCCAUCGCCAUUCCUAUCGCACUGGGCUCGUGAGAUUCUCGCAGUUGAAAAUUUUUCGUCGUACUCUCGGAACAACAAAGCAGCGACAAAUCGUCAGACAGCAGCAACAUGUCCGCCUACAAGCUGGAGACCGCCCCGUUCGAUCCACGGUUCCCUAACCAGAACGUGACCCGAUACUGCUACCAGUCGUACAUCGACUUCCACCGCUGCCAGAAGAAGCGCGGCGAGGACUUCGCGCCCUGCAACUACUUCCAGAAGGUCUACAAGUCGAUGUGCCCCAACGCCUGGGUGGAGAAGUGGGACGACCAGCGCGAGAGCGGCACAUUCCCGGGCCGCAUCUAGAUCCGGCCACCCAACCACAAUACCCAAACAAUAAACACACAGGACACGGUAGUGGAGCGUGGUAACCAGAAUCCGGCAAUUGCAACCAUUUCGACAUAGAGAUCAGUUCAUGUUUGUGCUUUCGCCCGCGAUGAAUGCAGACCAUCAUCGUUGAAUACAAAUACAAAUACACAAAUGUUCAAUUAUCUGAAUUCUGAA